GGCACUAGAGGAGGGACCAGUGCGGGCCGCCAGACUCGGGUGAGCCCGGCGGCGCAGGAGUCCAGCCUGCCCUGCCCUGCCCUGCCCUGCUCGCCCAGCGCGGCGCCGCGAUGUGAGACUCUCUCGGCCGAAGCGUCUGCGGGGCACGCCAGCUCCGCGAGCGCAGCACCCCGCGCGCUAGGAACACUGUGAGGACUGCGCACAGGAGAGGAGUGCUCGUCUCGACGCCAGUGCCCAUUUCAGCACCUGGCUCACGGCCCAUCUCACAGAGAGGAAACUGAGGCAGCCGCAGCUUCAUCUUCUCUCAGGCCCUGGGUAGGGCCUGGCCACACCCUUCUCACCCUACAUUGGGACCCGGGGUCUGGAAGUCGAGCAGGAGCGAUGGCUGAGGCCAGUGUCUCCCCCCCAUGUCCCUCAGCAGAGGACAACAUGGCAGCCAAACAGCCUCCUCCGCUCAUGAAGAAGCACAGCCAGACGGACCUCGUGAGCCGCCUGAAGACCAGGAAGAUCCUGGGCGUGGGCGGGGAGGAUGAUGACGGCGAAGUGCAUCGGUCAAAGAUCAGCCAGGUCUUGGGCAAUGAGAUCAAGUUUGCUGUUCGGGAGCCUCUGGGCUCAGGUGAGGAGCAGGUCUUGGUCUGGCAGUUUCUUUCUGCUGUGCUCUUCUCCAGUGUGGCCAUCAUGGCCCUCGCGCUCCCUGAUCAGCUCUACGAUGCCGUUUUUGAUGGGGCUGAGGUCACCAGCAAGACUCCCAUCCGCCUCUACGGUGGUGCCCUCCUUAGCAUCUCUCUGAUCAUGUGGAAUGCGCUCUACACGGCCGAGAAGGUCAUCAUCCGGUGGACUCUGCUCACGGAGGCCUGCUACUUUGGGGUGCAGUCCUUGGUGGUCACUGCCACACUUGCUGAGACAGGCCUCAUGUCCCUGGGGACCCUGCUGCUCCUGGCCAGCCGCCUCCUCUUCGUCCUUGUCAGCAUCUACUACUAUUACCAAGUCGGCCGGAAACCCAAGAAAGUGUAGCUGGCUGGGACCUGCCCGGGCCUGGAGCUGGGCCAGAAUGGCUGGGGACUUCACUGCCUGUGGGCCCCAGGCAGGUCUGCAGGCAGGCAGGCAGGGUGCACCCACAUUCCUUCCCUGCCAGGCGCUCCCUGGAGUCAGCUUGCACCUUCUAGGCUUCUAGGAGAGACAAGUCAGGCUGGGGCCUCUGCACCCAACCUCUCGUCCUGUGCAGGGACGACCCCUUGCCCUGGCUUUCUUGACCUCUAGACUCGAAUAGACACACAGUCUGGAGUGGAGUGCUGGGGUCUGGGCUGAGUCAGGGUUAGUUCCUCCUCCAGGAAGCCCUUUUCUCUCUAGGAGAUUAGAUUAUAUCAGCCCCAGCAGCAGGUCUCAGCUCCUCUCCAUCCAGAAACCUGAAAACUGGGUCUCCCUAUAUGAGUCCCUCACAUCCCAAACACACACACACACACACACACACACACACACACACACACACACACACACACGUACAUACGUUUCCAGGGCCCCUACUGUGGUUGGCUAUCAAGGGGAAUGGCUGCCUCCUUGGGCCUAGGUCCCCGUCCUUGAUCUGCAUACCUGACCCUCUCUUUGGCCUGCUGUAGAGUGUUCUGAUACUCUGGCUGUCUGCACCCUAGAGCCCCAGAGUCCCUUCCAGACAGACCAGGGUUAGAUACUAUAACACAAGCCCUGACAGGGCCUGGCACCCCAGCCGUCCAUAGGCUCCUAGUGCAUGAGGAAUUCUGAAGGAGAGCAAGGCAGGGACUUUUCCUAGGCAUGGCCUCCAAGGCCUGCAUGGCCACACCUGGCUCAGUGCCUCCUCUAGAUCCCCUCCAGAGGCUGUCCCAAGGCCUACAGCCCCUCCAACCCCACAGAAGUGGGUCUGCCCUUCCUCAGCACCCUGACAGCCUGACAGUGGGCCCCUAGAGCUGAAGACACACCCCUGGAGCCACCGUCCCAUGUGGCUCCUCCCCUUGCUCCUAGCUCCUAGCACUUUUCUUCCCUUCAGCAGCAAGCACACUAAGGGAGGUAGCCCGAGGCCUAUCUCUUUCCCUUCUGCAAGGCGGUGGUCCUCCCCCCACCCCACCCCCACCCCGGGCCCCUGUGCCUGGGGAGCUUUUCUCUAGGGCACCUGGGUUCACAGCUUCCCUGAGCUUAUUUGGCCCUGCAGCCAAGUGCCCCAUGACAAUGGCCUAUGCCCAGCAGAGGAGACUCCGGGGGAGUUUUCUAUGGAAGACAUGCCCCAGCGGAGGCCCAGGCUGCGUCUGCUAACCAUGGUCUGGCAGAGUGGCGAGAAUCUGUGCUUUCAAAGAAGGGACCGUUGUGUGCAGCCACCUUCCGCUGCUGGCUUUGUGCCAGUCUCUCAGUCCCACCUCUUGACUCAGAAGCACAGGCCCAGCCACUGCCACCUUCUCAGUACAGUCGCAGCUGCUGUAGAUGGGGUGGCACUGUGGACGGUUCUCAGUGGUGGUGGGGAUUUAUCCUCUCGGAUCCCCUGCGAAUGCAGAUAGAGUCCCAAGGGAGGUAGUCAGAAAAGUAGAAAGUGCCAGCCAUGCUCAGCCCUUCUGGGGACAUCUGCCAGUCUUCCCUUCAGCGACAGGAGGUGGCAGGUCCUGCCCUGGGGUGAGGGUGGGCUGGUCAGGUCACCUUGGUUAAACUGCAGUGAUACCUUCCCUUGGGCUGGGGUCAAGGCCAGACCAAGGCUGGCAUUACAGACCUGCUUGUGGCCUCUGGGAGACACUAACCUAGGAAGGAGGCGGAGAUGGAGAUAGGAACCCCAUCCUGAAUCCAAGCUUGGGGUGCCCUGGCUGCCCCUCAGCUCUUGUCAUGCUUCUGCCUCAGCCCCCAAGACCUCCUCUGUCAUGGCCACUAUUUAUUCCUCCGUCCUUUUUCUUUUUGUAAGAAACAGUCACAAAAACCAAUGCAAGACGA